AAAGAUAAAACAAUGAGUGAACAGCAUGAAACCACAAGUUGACUGACAUACACAAACAAAAUUUGGAGAGAAAAAUGGUGGUGAAGGUGUACGGUCCAAUUUAUGGAUGCCUCAAAAGGGUGGUUGUGUGUCUGAUUGAGAAGGAAAUUGAGUUUGAAGGAGUGCAUGUUGAUCUCUUCAAGGGAGAGAAUAAGGAACCCGAGUUCCUUAAGUUGCAGCCAUUUGGAUCACUUCCUGUUAUUCAAGAUGGUGAUUAUACUCUCUAUGAAUCUCGUGCAAUAAUCAGAUACUUUGCAGAGAAGUAUAAAGACCAAGGAACUGACUUGUUGGGAAAGACAAUAGAAGAAAAGGGUCUUGUGGAACAAUGGCUUGAAGUGGAAGCUCAUAACUUUCAUCCACCAAUCUACGACUUGGUUAUCAAUCUUCUGUUUGCCCCAUUAAUGGGUGAUCCCUCGGACCAAAAGGUGAUAGAAGAGAGUGAUAAAAAGCUUGAGAAGGUGCUUGAUGUUUACGAGGAGAGGCUCUCGAAAAGCAAGUACUUGGCUGGUGAGUUCUUCAGCCUUGCUGAUCUUAGCCAUCUCCCAUUUGGUCAUUAUUUAGUGAACCAAACUGGAAGAGGGAAUUUGGUGAGAGAGAGGAAGCAUGUGAGUGCUUGGUGGGAUGAUAUCAGCAACAGACCAUCUUGGAAGAAGGUUCUUCAGUUAUACAAAUACGCUGUCUAGAUGCUUAAUUAGCUCUAUCCCUAUUUCCAUUGUGGUUGAGGAGCCUUCAGUGUUUUCUAAUACCUGCUUGAGAAUAAAGGAGAAGUAUCUGCAAGAUGUGGACCUGUGGUUGGUUCUUGGAUUUAGACCUUUUCCUCUUGAAUAAUAACACAAGUUAUGAAUAUGGAGUAGUAUUAUUACUUGAUGUGUUCCUUGUCUUGUGUUGAAAAGUAAAUAAUUUUUAUUUACAUCUGAUAAGUUUGGAUCUUGACACUGGUACAAGAAUUAUCAUAUCCAAACUGAGUUGAGGACAUGGUACAAGGAUGAGUUCUUAGAAAGUUGUGCUUCCCAAGUGUUCUCAGGACAACCUCUGUUUUGGGAGACAAGUUAUUAUAUAUUUAACCUGUGAAAUAUUGAUUAAUGCUUUACCUAAA